AUGAAGAUAACUAACAUUUUUUUGAUUGGCAUUUGCUACGUUGUUACUCACAGGAGCCACGCUGACGGGGAUAACAAUGACAUUGGCUACUACCAUACACCAGCAUCGAGGUUAGAAGGUCAUGGGGACGAUGAUGAUGGAGAUUACGAUUAUGCCCCUGCAGCAUCAGAAGGAGAUGGCGACGACGAUGAUGGAGAUUAUGACUAUGCCCCAGCAGCAUGA